AUGCCUGCCUGCCUGAAGAUACUAAUUCAAUGGUCUUUGCCGUCGAAACAAUUGUUGGGAAUAGUUCAACCCACUUGCUCUGCAGAUUAUAAAUACAGGAAUCAACUCAAGACACAUACUGUAAAAUCUAAUCACAUAAAUGAAGACCAGGAAAGCUUAAUAACAAUAACUCACGGAAUCCAUAAACAUGUCGACCAAGGCUUGAGAUACCCAGAUGAGUCGACGAUGAAGCCAGGAGAGGAAUCGACGAAGCCAGGGAACUCUAAAACAAGGUUGCGAUACCCAGAUGCGCCGGCGUCGACCCCCGACGAGGGAAGCUUCGAUCUUGAACGAACGGAUGAGCUCACCGGCGAAGGGAUGCGAUUUGCGAAGCGUUGGCGAAGCUCUGAGCCUCUGAGUCUCUGA